CCCUCACCAUUCGCAUAGUGCACCUAAAUAUAGAGUGACACUGUGGCACUAAUUUAUUGAAUGAAAGGAUAGGUGUGUUGGUGCUUGGGGAACAGAACGCCAUUGUAGGGUAGAUCUGCAGGGGCACAGUAGAAAUCCCAACACUCGCUGUUUGCGGGCGGGAUUUGUGAACGUAACGAAGCGGGCCGACACACGAUACGAUCGGUAAAUCGUUUUUUUUUUUUUCACCCACGACGGUUCACGGCUGUUAUCAAUAUAUCGGUCCAGUGGAAAUAUCUCGUUUAGAUCUCGCUGCGAAAUUGUGCACAUACGAACGAAACCUGAGAGGAUGAGGUGAAUUCAAUCGACUUUAUAUUCCGGAUAAAAAUAAUGCCUUCGAGCGGGUCAGCAAGAGUACCUAAGGUAGACAGGUCCACAAGUCCUCUGCCGCAUAAGCCCGCGAAUCCUGUCCAAGAAUUGAAAGCUCUUUUCGCUGGACCAUCCUCGAGAGUCUCAAAUGGCAGUAAAGAACAAGAUUUCCGUUUCGAGGCAAUCCAAUGCUUACAAUCGUCCGUUACCAAAGAAUCGAAAACACUGCCGGAACGAGGUACCUGGAGUAGCAAGGUUGAAUUCAUCCUAUCCGUAAUUGGAUUGGCAAUAGGACUAGGAAACUUAUGGCGAUUCCCUUACCUUUGUUACAAAAAUGGUGGCGGUGCUUUUAUGGUCCCUUAUUUUAUCGCCCUGGCACUUGCCGGUGUGCCCAUGUUCCUAAUGGAAUUAUCUCUAGGGCAAAUGAUGACAAUAGGUGGACUGGGUGUUUUUAAGAUAGCACCAAUUUUCAAAGGUAUUGGAUAUGCUACUUGCGUACUAUCUUGCUGGACGAACGUAUAUUACAUUAUUAUCCUGGCAUGGGCGCUUUUCUACUUCUUAGUUUCUUUACGAAUCGAUGUACCUUGGAGAACAUGUGGUAAUCCCUGGAAUUCGCGUUACUGUCUCACCUCUACGGAACGUUUGGAAGCGUUGUGUUGGCCCGAAAAUGGGGAUACUAUAUGUUCUACUUCGAUUGGUAAUUUAAGUCACAGCUUACUGAAGGAUCCAGUGAAAGAAUUCUGGGAACGGCGUACUCUUCAAAUUUCUGACGGUGUAGAAAACGUAGGUUCGAUAAGGUGGGAACUGGCAGGUACAUUGGCCAUCGUGUGGAUCAUGUGUUAUUUCUGUAUUUGGAAGGGCGUGAAAUGGACUGGAAAAGUCGUUUACUUUACAUCAUUAUUUCCAUACGCGCUAUUAGCGGUUCUAUUGGUAAGAGGACUUACACUUCCGGGGGCGAUGGAAGGUUUAAGGUACUAUGCAACUCCGAACCUUUCGAAACUGGGCGAUCCCGAGGUAUGGAUAGAUGCAGUGACGCAAAUAUUUUUUUCUUAUGCAUUGGGUUUAGGUGCAUUGGUUGCCCUUGGAAGUUACAACAAAUUUAACAACAAUGUGUACAAGGAUGCGCUCAUCGUUUGUACAGUAAAUUCGUGUACCAGUAUGCUUAGCGGUGUUGUUAUAUUUUCUGUAGUUGGUUUUAUGGCCCAUGAACAACAGAAACCCGUCGCGGAUGUAGCUGCCUCUGGUCCAGGAUUAGCUUUCCUCGUUUAUCCUUCUGCAGUUCUAGAAUUACCAGGUUCAUCAAUUUGGGCUUGUUUAUUCUUUUUUAUGCUUAUCCUUAUUGGUCUAGAUAGCCAGUUUUGUACAGUUGAAGGCUUUAUAACUGCCGCGGUGGAUGAAUGGCCGCAACUUCUGAGAAAACGAAAAGAGAUAUUCAUAGCAAUUGUAUGUUUCAUCUCGUAUCUCGUUGGUCUUAGCUGCGUUACGGAAGGAGGAAUGUACGUAUUUCAACUCCUAGAUUCGUACGCUGUGAGCGGAUUUUGUCUCCUCUUUUUAAUGUUUUUCGAAUGCAUUUCCGUUUCGUGGGCAUUUGGCGUAAAUCGUUUUUAUGAUGGCAUUCGCGACAUGAUUGGGUAUUAUCCGUGUUACUGGUGGAAGAUAUGCUGGACGGUUACUACUCCUGCUGUUUGUGUGGGUGUCUUCACUUUUAACAUAAUUAAAUUUGUACCUGUGAAAUACCUUACAUAUGAGUAUCCAUGGUGGAGUCAUUUGUUAGGAUGGCUUUGCGGUCUUUCCUCAAUGUUAUGUAUUCCUGGGUACAUGAUUUACAUCUGGUGUACAACAUCUGGAACUACCUCUGAAAAAUUCCGAAAAUUAGUAAGAAUUGAUGAUGAUGUUGCCACUUUACGAAUGAAGUUAAAUCCAACAAAAGCUGCUGCUAUUAAUACAGAAUUUGAAUUAUGAACAUGUCAUUGUAUGUACUCUGGUUUAAAAACAAUUAAUGACGC